AUGACCGCGACCGCAGCCCUCCUGCCCGUCCUCUUGCUCCUGCUGGCCUUCGGCCGCAGUGCCCAUGGAGCUGAAUGCUUCCCGGCCUGCCACCCCCAAAAUGGAUUCUGCGAGGAUGACAAUGUUUGCAGGUGCCAGUCUGGCUGGCAGGGUCCCCUGUGUGACCAGUGCGUGACCUUUCCCGGCUGUGUUAAUGGACUCUGUGUGGAGCCCUGGCAGUGCAUUUGCAAGGACGGCUGGGAUGGACAUCUCUGCGACCUAGACGUUCGGGCUUGCGCCUCGACCCCCUGUGCCAACAACGGAACCUGUGUGAACCUCGAUAACGGCCAGUACGAGUGUUCCUGUGCCCCUGGAUUCUCAGGAAAGGACUGCCAGAAAAAGGACGGGCCCUGCGUGAUGAAUGGUUCGCCCUGCCAGCACGGAGGCAGCUGCGUGGACGAUGAGGGCCGGGCCUCCCAUGCCUCCUGCCUGUGCCCCCCUGGCUUCUCAGGCAAUUUCUGCGAGAUCGUGACCAACAGCUGCACGCCCAACCCGUGCGAGAACCAGGGCAUCUGCACCGACAUCGGGGGCGACUUCCGCUGCCGCUGCCCCGCCGGCUUCAUGGACAAGACCUGCAGUCGCCCGGUGUCCACCUGCGCCAACGAGCCGUGCCUCAACGGGGGCACCUGCCUGCAGCACUCCCAGGUGAGGUUCGGGUGUCUGUGCAAGCCCGAGUUCACGGGCCCCAUCUGCGGCCGGAAGCGCGCGGCGGGCCCCCAGCAGGUCACCCGUCUGCCCAGCGGUUACGGGCUGACGUACCGCCUGACCCCCGGGGUGCACGAGCUGCCGGUGCCGCAGCCCGAGCACCGCAUCCUCAAGGUGUCCAUGAAGGAGCUCAACAAGAGCACUCCGCUCCUCUCCGAGGGUCAGGCCAUCUGCUUCACCAUCCUGGGCGUGCUCACCAGCCUGGUGGUCCUGGGCACCAUGGGCAUCGUCUUCCUCAACAAGUGCGAGGCCUGGGUGUCCAACCUGCGUUACAACCACAUGCUGCGCAAGAAGAAGAACCUGCUGCUUCACUACAACAGCGGGGAGGACCUGGCCGUCAACAUCAUCCUCCCCGAGAAGAUCGACAUGACCACCUUCAGCAAGGAGGCUGGCGACGAGGAGAUCUAG